CGGUCCAAUAAACUUUAUGCCGAAAAAAUUGUUCGAUUAGCAGAGGAAUAUUCUCAAGAAUCAAAUCAAAAUGAAUUAUUUAAUAAUCAUAACAUUGAUAAGAGUGAACCUUACCAAAUACUAGAACUUCUUACUAAACAAUCCACACCUGAAAUCAAAUCUUCCACGUUUGAAUACACUAACGAAGAUGGUACAAAGGCUGAAAUUACAUCAAUUUCUGAUCUCUACACGGCAGCCGUAAUCAAAAGACAUGCUGAAGAAUCGUCGUCGAUGCCUCCACCUCCACGCCCACCAAAGCGCCAUAUAUCACAAAAUCCCCAAUCUAUACAACCACCACAAACUCGUCCAAACCGUCCAAUAGUUCAAAUGACAUCUCCGAUGCCAGGAAUGCUUCGACUUCCAAAUCAACAGAUGCCUGCUCAACCACAAAACCCAAAUCAAAUGCCAAUAAAUGUUCAAAUGCCUGCCCAGCAAGCACCAAUG